AUGGAUGGGAACCCCUCAAUCUUGGGCUCCCAUGGGAUUCUGGUACCUGGGGAUCUUCUAAUGGGAGCAGUGAUUCCCAUUCACACUGACAGGAUUUUCCCCUUGGCCACCUAUAAAGAGAAACCAACCCCAGAUAUCUGCAAAAGGUUCCGCCUUGACUUCUAUCAGCAGUUCCAGACCUUCAGAGAGUUAGGGAGGAACAUUAUGGAUGAUAACUGGUCUGAACCAAGUGAUACCAAAUUACUGCUGCCAGGUACAUCCUCCUCUUACUGCUGUCAUCGGUCACUCAACAUCCACAUUCUCUAUCCUCGUGGCUCAUAUCAUGGGAUUGUACAGAUUUCCACAGAUGCCAUUGAGUGCUGGAAGUGCCCCUGGGACAUGUGGCCCAACAGUAAAAGAGACAGAUGCUUUCUAAAACCCACUGAGUUUCUUUCCUAUGAGGAUUACUUGGGCAUCACCCUGGCAACAAUCAGUACUUUCUCCUCUAUGGUCCCAAUUUCUGUCUUUCGACUUUUCAUUCAGUAUAAAUCCACCCCAAUUGUGAGAGCCAAUAACUAUUCAUUCAAUAUUGAAGCCAAACCAGGAAUCAUUGUUGUAGAAUGCAAUGAAAACUCUCAGUUUGCCUUCUGGUUGACACCCUAUUUCUACAGAACGUUCCUGCACCUCACCCUUACAUGCCUUACCCCUGCCUACUAUAUGGAUGGGAACCCCUCAAUCUUGGGCUCCCAUGGGAUUCUGGUACCUGGGGAUCUUCUAAUGGGAGCAGUGAUUCCCAUUCACACUGACAGGAUUUUCCCCUUGGCCACCUAUAAAGAGAAACCAACCCCAGAUAUCUGCAAAAGGUUCCGCCUUGACUUCUAUCAGCAGUUCCAGACCUUCAGGUUUGCGGUGGAAGAGAUCAACAGAAACCCUGAACUCCUACCCAACAGUACCCUGGGUUUCUAUGUCUAUGACUCCUGUGCUGUUCUCCAAAGAGAGUUAGGGGGAACAUUAUGGAUGAUAACUGGUCUGAACCAAGUGAUACCAAAUUACUGCUGCCAGGUACAUCCUCCUCUUACUGCUGUCAUCGGUCACUCAACAUCCACAUUCUCUAUCCUCGUGGCUCAUAUCAUGGGAUUGUACAGAUUUCCACAGAUUAGCUACUAUUCUACCAGCUCUCUCUUGAGUGACAAGAGACAGUUCCCUUCCUUCUUUAGAACCGUCCCAAGUGAUGACUUUCAGGCCAGGGGACUGGCACAAAUGGUGCUGCAUUUUAAAUGGAAAUGGGUGGGGCUUAUAGCUUCUAAUGAUGAUUAUGGCACCGAAGUGAUAGAGGUCAUCAGACAGGAGGUCGUGAAAGAAGGAGCUUGUGUGGCCUACACCGUGUAUAUUUCAGACAACCUACUUAAUCAAAAUCUACCAAACAUUGUUAAAACAAUAAAGAAUUCAAGUGCUAAUGUCCUAAUUGUCUUCUCAGUUGACUUCUACUUAUUUCCCCUUCUGGAUGAGAUGCUGAAACAAAAUGUAACUGGAAAAACGUUUGUUGCCAGUGAGGCUUGGUCCAUUUCAAACCUUUUAGCAGUGAAUAAAUAUGUCUCCUUACUGUCUGGGACUAUAGGCUUUGCCUUUUUCAGCUCUGAAAUCAAAGGUCUUCAAGAGUUCCUCAACUCAGUGACUAUCUACAAUACCCCAGGGAUAUACUGGGCAAAAGAGUUAUGGGAAGAAGUUUUUGGGUGCACAUUUGCUGACCAGAAGAACCUCACCGUUACACUGAACAUGAAAAAACAAUGUACAGGAGAAGAACAUCUAAGUUCUGUGCAGAACAUCUAUAAUGAUGUGUCCAGAUUAAGAGCCUCCUACAAUAUCUAUACUGCGGUGUAUGUGAUAGCAACAGCUCUGCAUGACCUCAGGCAAUGCCAGUCCUUGGGUGGAGCCUUGGUUGUAAACAAUUGUUUCGAUAUAGGAUAUUUCAAACCAUGGCAGCUGAUGAGUUAUUUUAGGAAAGUCCGAGUAACACUGAACAACGCUCAAGAAGUUUUCUUUGAUAAGGAUGGAAACCCACCAGCUAUUUAUGAUAUAGUCAACUGGCAGUUGGGAUCGGAUGGAACCAUCAAGCAAGUGAAAGUGGGAAGCUACGACACUACAAAUUCUUCUGGGGACAUAUUCAGCAUCAAUACCACGUUGAUAUGGUGGGCUACAGGGAAUCAGGGGGUUCCAAAUUCUGUUUGCAGUCAGAGUUGUCCAGAGGGGUUCAAACAAUCCUUAAAAGAAGGAGAGCCAGUGUGCUGCUUUCAGUGUAGCCCCUGUGCUCAAGGCGAGAUCUCCAAUCAGACAAAUGCCAUUGAGUGCUGGAAGUGCCCCUGGGACAUGUGGCCCAACAGUAAAAGAGACAGAUGCUUUCUAAAACCCACUGAGUUUCUUUCCUAUGAGGAUUACUUGGGCAUCACCCUGGCAACAAUCAGUACUUUCUCCUCUAUGGUCCCAAUUUCUGUCUUUCGACUUUUCAUUCAGUAUAAAUCCACCCCAAUUGUGAGAGCCAAUAACUAUUCAGUGAGUUGUAUUCUCUUAGUAUCUCUGUCUUUCUGCUUCCUCUGUGCUUUGGCUUUCAUUGGUUACCCCCAACCUGAGAAGUGCCUUCUGCGCCAGGCGGCAUUUGGCCUUGUCUUUACCCUCUGUGUAUCCUGCAUUUUAGCCAAAACUGUUAUUGUUGUUUUUGCCUUCAUGGCCACUAAACCCGGGAGCAGCCUCAAAAAAUGGACAACUCCCCGUGUGCCCUACAUGAUCAUUACCAUCUGCACCUUCAUACAACUCACUUUGUGUCUGUUUUGGUUGACCAUCUCCCCUCCUUUCCUCCAGUUCAAUAUUGAAGCCAAACCAGGAAUCAUUGUUGUAGAAUGCAAUGAAAACUCUCAGUUUGCCUUCUGGUGCAUGCUGGGAUAUCUUGGAAUUUUAGCCUCUGUCAGUUUCACUGUAGCUUUCCUGGCCAGGAGGCUCCCAGACAACUUCAAUGAGGCCAAACUAAUAACAUUCAGCAUGUUGGCCUUCCUCAGUGUGUGGGUGUACUUUAUCCCAGCCUCUCUCAGUGCCCAGGGCAAGUAUACUGUUGCCAUGGAGAUCUUUGCCAUUCUGACUUCCAGUUGGGCCCUUGUGUUCUGCAUGUUCCUCCCCAAAUGUUUCAUCAUAUUGUUCAGACCCGACAUGAACUCUAGAGACAACUUCAUGAGGAAGGAGGGAGGAGGGAAAUAA